AUGAUUCUCCCUUCGUCACUCGUUGAUUCGCUUCCACAGUCGCCCUCUCAGUCGGUCUUUAACUCACUGAAGUUUGAAAACGCUCUUUACGACAAUCCUUACAUUCCGAAUAUCACCAUGACCUCCGUGAAGGAGUUCUUCCUGGCAGUGCUUGCCACUGCGCCCUCUUUGGUGGCGGCAUUACCCAAAGGCCUGGGAACCAAGGCGUCGGGCACUCUCGAUUCCUGCCUGACGUCCGCCCUGAGCGGCGACGGUACUCGUGCCCAUUAUCCAAGCUCGGCAACCUUCAUCACUGAACACGCAAAGUACUUUAACCUCAACCUUCAGUACCUGCCAUACGCGAUUGUGUACCCAAAGACGAUCGAGGAAAUCAGUGCAGUUGUGGUAUGUGCAGGAUCGAAUGACAAGAAGGUCCAGGGCCGAAGUGGAAACCUUGACUUCGCCAACAGGGGACUUGGGGGCGCCAAUGGUACCAUCAUUGUCGACUUUGACAACUUCCAAAGCUUUGCGGUUGACACAGCCACUGGACUCGCAACAGUCGAACCUGGAAACAAUCUCGCUCAGCUAUUCAAAGGACUUCACGAUAAUGGCAACCGCUUUUUACCUCAAGCAUCCGGCGGUCAAAUCGGUGUUUCCGGUCUUUCGCUCGUGGGUGGCUUGGGCUAUGGUUCCCGCGCACACGGGGCCAUGAUUGACCACUUAGCUGAGGUUGAGAUUGUUCUUGCUGAUGGGACAGUAACUCGCGCAUCCGAAAAAGCCAACUCUGAUCUGUUCUGGGCUGUUCGUGGGGCGGGAGCAGGCUUUGGUCUCGUCACUGAGCUCAAGUUCAACACGCUUCCCGAGCCGUCUGAACUUGUUACAUUCACUUUCACGGUCACCUCAAAUGAUUCUUCUGUUCUCGUCGAGGCCCUCAAAGGCUACCAUGAUAUCCUUCGCGACACCUGUCUACCUCGUGAGAUUGGAGGAGUAACGAGGUUCUCCGAGACCACUUUCCUCUGGAGCGGCGCUUUCUUUGGCAACCAAUCUGCAUUCGAGUCCCUCGGACUUCAAUCUCGUCUGCCCAGGAGUUUGUCCGCCACUAUCAAGACUGGAGUGUCGUGGUCGACUCUUAUGAGCGGAUUGACCGGUACUGCGUCUCCUGCAGCCUCUCCACAGCAUUUCUACAUCAUCAACGCCAUGGUUACACCAACAACCAUCUCAAGCAACAGCGCUAUUGAUGAAUUUGCAAGCCAUGUCUUCAAUGGGGACUCCAAUCUCGGCAGCUGGUCAUUCCAGUUCGACCUAUACGGUGGAGCAGUCAACGACGUCGCAGCUGACGCCACUGCGUUCCCUCAUCGUGAUCUUCUGUACUCUCUUGACGGAUACGUUUCAACCACUGAGACAACAUCUACAGAGACCAUCGAGUUCGUCAACAAGGGUUUCGAAAUCCUUCUGGGUCACAAGUCAGAUUCUUUCCUGGCUUACAAUGGCAUCGCCAGCACCGGGCAUGAGAACCCCCAGCAAAAGUACUUUGGAUCUAACCUUGCUCGGCUUCAGACGCUCAAGGGCAAAAUUGAUCCCAAGGACCUUUUCUCUACGCCUCAGACGGUGAAGCUGGCCUAA